UUAUCUGAUUCAUUGAUUCAAUGUCCAGGUUCAGAGUACAAGAACUAGGACGCAACCGUGGUUGCUUACGUUUAAGUUGACAAGGACUACCAACGACGGCUACAAAAAGGCACGUGUUGUUGUACCCGACACGUGCACUGUGUUUCCUACCUCGUAUUAAUCCAUUUGCUUAGUGUGUCAGCCAUUGUUGAAGGAAGAAAAGGAUUCACCAACUUCAAAUAGUGACAUGGGGUGGAGAGGGAUACUGGGUUUUGAAUAUGGUAUAGUUCAGGCGCCGUUAGGCCCUGAUAUCUCUGGUCCUCAUCUUGUUGCUGCAGUAGCCAAUGCUGGUGCUCUUGGACUACUCAGGGCCCCUGACUGGUCACCGGAUUACUUGAGGGAACUCAUAAAGAAGACUAGGGCCUUAACUGAUAAACCUUUUGGGGUUGGUGUCGUUCUAGCCUUUCCUUUUGAGGAGAACUUGAAAGUUAUUCUGGAUGAAAAAGUGGCAGUCUUGCAAGUUUACUGGGGCAAUUGUACAAGGGAAUUGGUUAUUAAGGCUCAUUCCGCUGGGGUCAAAGUUGUUCCACAAGUCGGGAAUGUCGAAGGUGCAAAACAGGCAAUUGAUGCAGGUGUCGAUGGAAUAAUUGUGCAAGGACGUGAAGCUGGUGGUCAUGUCAUUGGUCAGGAUGGUUUAAUUUCAUUGGUGCCGAGGGUGGUCGAUCUUGUUGGUGACCGAGAGAUACCUGUUAUUGCAGCUGGAGGGAUUGUGGACGCUCGAGGCUACGUUGCUGCUCUAGCACUUGGGGCUCAAGGCGUCUGUCUAGGCACUAGGUUUCUGGCAACUGAGGAAAGCUAUGCUCAUCCUACAUACAAGAGGAAGAUAGUUGAACUUGAUGAAACUGAGUACACGGAUGUAUUUGGGAGGGCAAGAUGGCCUGGUGCACCACAACGUGUCCUACAGACUCCCUUCUACAAAGAUUGGAGAUCCCUUCCGGGCCAUGAAAAUGAAGCCAACCAGCCUGUCAUUGGCCAUGCAAUAAUUAAUGGAAUGGAGAAAGAGAUACGUCGUUUUGCAGGUACUGUCCCAAACAUGACAACUACAGGAGAUCUUGAGAGCAUGGUUAUGUAUGCUGGCCAAGGUGUUGGUCUCAUCAAGGAAAUCCUAUCUGCUGGUGAAGUGGUAAAGAGACAUGUUGAAGGGGCUCAGCUUAUAAUGCAUCAAAAUUUUAAUUAGAUUGUCUAAUGUCAAGUGAUAGUAGGCUUUAAACUCUCUGUAGAAUAAUGCUUCAUCCUGGAUUAAUAUGUAAUAUUUUUGCAUUAAUACAGGAAAAAUAAAUGAAGAAUGAAAAC